GCUUGACACUGGUGGCAGGAAUGGCGGCUAAGAUUACUAGAGGAAGGAACCCAAAGACCAUGAAACUUUACUUCUAACGGCCCCGCUGAGGAAUUUGUCUCCAGCGAAACGCAGAAACACCACCCCAUAACGGAUAUAACGGAGGAGAAGUGCUCCAACGCGAGAUUAUCGCGGCACACGUCCAGGCUGAGGAGGUGGACGCACUUUGCGACUUGCUAGUUAGCUUAACGUUAGUGCCACUGACUUUGAUUCAAGGUAGCUGUUAGCUCGCUGUUGGCUACUUGGCUUGGCUGGCCCAACAAGUUAACUAAGUGAUUAACUGUAUGAAAGCAUUCCUCAUUUGAAUAUCCGAGUGGCGAUCAGCCGUGUGUGUCACCAGAUAGUAUUAGGGGUUUCCCACAGAGCGUGGGAUCAGGCGACAACAAGUCGACACAGCGCGUUGAGAACAUUAUUCCUGCUAACCUAGCUAGUGCAGCAACGCUAGCUAAGUUGGGAUCCUGAAGUCUCGCCCAUUUUUUGGAUCCUGCCCCAGCCAUUGGCUAAAGGCUAAUCAACAGCCAAGUCGUCUGGUUUUCAGGGUCGACUGGUACUACGAUGGAAAGUCUAACGCUGACUGAUGUCGAGCAGAAAUAUUACUCGGAUUUGUUCGUUUACUGCGACACGGACAACACCAAAAAAGUGGCUUCCAAUGGGAGAGUUCUUGACCUUUUCCGGGCGGCCCAGCUACCCAGCGAAGUUGUUCUGCAGAUCACAGAGCUGUGUGGAGCCACUCGGCUGGGUCACUUCGGGCGGAGCCAGUUCUACAUCGCUCUGAAGCUCAUCGCCAUCGCCCAGUCGGGUCUGCCGCUGAGGGUGGAAAGCCUCAACUCUGUCAAAGACCUGCCGCUGCCCAGGUUCGUGGUGGGGAAGAAUGAGGCAGAGGCGAGGCACGCAGCCCUGUACCAGGACACGGACAGCCAGGGGCUGUACCAAACCUCUGCCACUGCAGUAAUGCCCAGACCUCCAGGCAGGGGGCUCCAGAACAAGAAGGGUCCGCCAUCGUCCACUUCACUUCCUGCCCACGAGGUCAUCCAGCCCCUGGCACCCAGCAUAGAACCACAGCCUGAGCCAACGUCCCCGGUGGUCUCCCCUCACCAGUCCCCUCCCACCUCCCCUCACUCGUGGAGGAAACACAAGAGGCAGCCCAGUGGAGGGAACGCAGACAGGCAGCCGGUGGUGGCUCCAACUACAGCUGUGUGGACGCAGUUUAGAGAACCACAAGCAGGCCCAGUGCCCGGUGAAGGCAUGUGGCCGUCCCACUCUCCCCCGCCUCCAGGUCAGGAAAGCUGGGUCAGUUUCACAGCAGACACCCCGCCAUCCAGCGCCAUCCCAGGAAUGCAUCCCUCGUCAGUCCAGGAAAGCACAACGAUACGAACGGUGGCCUCAGCAGCGAUGACCAAUGAGAUCCAACGACAGUCCAGUGGCUACGAUGAUCCGUGGAAGAUCACGGACGAGCAGAGACAGUAUUAUAUUAACCAGUUCAAAACCAUCCAGCCAGACCUCACCGGCUUCAUACCUGGUUCAGCCGCAAAAGAAUUCUUCACCAAAUCAAAACUACCGAUUUUAGAGUUGUCACAUAUUUGGGAGCUGUCAGACUUCGAUAAAGACGGGGCGCUGACCCUAGAUGAGUUCUGCGCUGCCUUCCACCUGGUGGUGGCCAGGAAGAAUGGCUACGACCUGCCUGAAAAGCUGCCUGAGAGCCUGAUGCCAAAGCUGAUUGACCUGGAUGACUCAGCAGAGGUCCCAGAACAGACUGCUGACGUUGGAUACUCGGGCUCCCCAGUGGAGGUCACCCCCAGCAAGUCUCCCUCCAUGCCUUCACUCAACCAGGCCUGGCCGGAGAUGAACCAGAGCAAUGAGCAGUGGGAGACGUUUAGCGAGCGCUCCUCCAGCUCACAAACUCUGACCCAAUUUGACUCUAACAUUGCACCAGCUGACCCUGACACGGCCAUCGUCCACCCAGUCCCCAUCCGGAUGACACCCAGUAAGAUCCACAUGCAGGAGAUGGAGCUGAAGAGGACUGGCAGUGACCACAACCACCCAACCAGUCCGCUGCUGGCUAAACCUCCCGAACUGUCUGAAGAAGCCAAAUUACCUCCCUCCAUGAAGUUUGUAGCCGCCAACACUGUAGGUGAUGGUUACAGCAGUUCAGACUCCUUCACCUCAGACCAGGAGCCAAUCACAAGACAACGGUCUCAGUCGGGAACAUCUCCCGAGGCUCUGAAGGUGGUAGCCCCCCCUCCACCUCCGCCUCGUCCUCACCCCUCUCACUCCCGAUCCUCAUCUCUGGACAUGAACCGCACCUUCGCUGCCGCAACUGCUGCAGGACAACCACAAUCCUCUACAAUAGCUUACCCGCCUGCUGUGCCUCCCCGACCGCUACCCACACAGACGUCAGCACCACACACAGGGCAUCGUGCGGAGGCAGAGGGUGUACCAGGAGGCGGCGCGGUGCUCACCACCACCUCCCCCCAACAAAUUCCCCAGCAACCCAAUUUCGCUGACUUCAGUCAGUUUCAGGCCUUCGCUGCGUCUGAACAGCCUUCCAGCCUGCCAGAGGUCGACAUACACAGUGAGCCCGGACAGGUGGAGAAGACAUCGGAGGGAGCCGGCCCUUUAAGAACAGUCAAAAGUGACGGCCAAGCAGAUGAGAGAGUCACAGCUACUGUCAACUCUGCCAAAGGUUCUGGGUCCGGUCCGCUAGCGCCUCCUCCAAAACCUGUGCGCCGAAGGUUGAAAUCUGAAGACGAACUACGACCGGAGGACGAGCAACACGGCCCGCAGAAAUCAAACGUCAUAGCUGCUGUCCUGGCCACUCAGCCCUCCAUCCCCAGGUCAAUAGGAAAGGACAAAAAGGCGAUUCAAGCCUCAAUCAGAAGAAACAAGGAGACAAACACAGUGUUGGCACGACUUAACAGUGAACUGCAGCAACAGCUGAAGGACCUGCUUGAAGAGAGGAUAUCCCUGGAAGUCCAGCUGGAGCAGCUCAGACCUUUCUCUCAUCUUUAACCAACAUGAGGAGGAAAAACUCGGCUGUAGUUCAUGCGAAGCAAAGCUGUGGUCCUCAGUGUGACUCCCCCUCCCCUCCAUCCCUCCUUUCCUCCCUCCCUCCUCCUUCCACCAUCUCAGCUUUCCCUGGAGGCUCCGACCUGCCGCAGGGUGCUCCGUUAAAACUCUUACGCUCGAUCUCACACUUAUUAAUCAUAAACCCAGAAGGACCUGAGAGCACAGUCUUACCAAGAGGAGGAGGUGACAGGAGCGUGCACCCGUGUGUGUGCGUGUGCGGGGGGUUUACAAACUGGCACUUUUCAAUUUUCUCUGAAGAGAGGUGAGGAUGACAGCGAACUGAGAAACGGUUAGGCGUGGCGGACGAGACUUUUUCCAACGACGAAUGCCGUCUGAAGACAAACUGCUGGUGUCUGAUUACUCUCGGAAUGACUGAAGAAGAAAGGCGGAGUGUGUUUGUCCUGCGUGUGUGACUGUUUAUGUAUUUGUGUUCCUGUUAAGUGACUCAACUUGAGGCAAGCACCGAUAAGUUUAUUCUGUCUGAGGGUACAGACUGUGCCGCACCAAACUCCUGUUAAAAAAAAGGCGAAUUUAAACGAGCAGCUCAGUAUUUUUGGGAAAUAAGCUCCUUCGCUUUCUUUGUUUGAGUUAGAUGAGAAGCUCUACUUGACGUCCCUUAAGUAAAGAGAUGGAGUCUGUGAUUAGCUUAGCUUAGCUUAGCAUAAUGAAUGGAAGCGGGGGGGACAGUUAGCCUGGCUCUGUCCACGGUUCAAAAUUUGUCUCGUUUGUUUUAUCCAUGCAAAAAUGGAACAGUGAAACAUCAAUUUGUGAUUAAGGGGGGGGAAGUUAUAUACUAAACUACUUCAUCUAACUCUGAAGAAGAAAGUGUUCAGAUGUAUUUCCCAAAAAGUUUAACUAUUCCUUUAAUUGUCUGCUCACAUAUUGGUGUACCGUCUUCUCUACUGCCUUCAAAACUGGACAACUGUGGAAGCUUUUCUGCUUUAAACAUCCUCACAGAAAGUCUUUCUACUGAACAUUUGCCUCCUGAAUGUCACCAUUUCAAAUAUCUACAUGUAAAACUAAGUCACAGAGACAUGCUACUACACGAUACAGGAACCAGUAAUCUACGUCUGAGCGUAAAAUUGGCCUUUUCUCGACUGGGGUUUGGUGUGGUCGGUCUCUCUGUAAAACAUACUGUGCUACAUCUGGACAGGACUUUGCGUGUGUGUUUCUGUGAGGCCUUUAACGGCUAAAUCAUCACAGUGAAGGCUUUUAUGUUUUUUGUUUGACUCAUCCUGUGACAUGAAUUCAGCCCACCUCUCUCUUCUAACUGCCCCUUGAAGUCUACACAUAUAUAUAUGUGUGCGUGUGUGUGUGUGGUUGAUGGCAUGAUGUGAUGAAUGAAUGUCUUUUUCUUUAUGUUACACAGUGUUUGGGGUUUGAUGUGACUGAAUGGUUUAACUUAAUGCCAAAUGACUGAACUAUCACCGCUCUCUCACCUCUACUUGGGCUGUGUUUAUUCUCAAGCAUAGCUGUGUGUCAGCAUCUCAGCUUUCUUUGUCAGCGUCCUGUUCUCGGUUGCUGCGGUUAUUUCGCGUCUGGACGGGACACCGUUGAAUCAAAAGCGGCAUUCACUUCAAGGGUUUGGGAUGUUCCAGCUGCUUGACUGCAGGAGGCGGCAUUUAUGAAGAAUUGCGAUCGGGGAGAAGUUUUCCUGUGAUUUUUCCGAUCGGCGUGCACAGAUCCAAACUCACGGUGCAAAUAGAGCAGGUUCAGAUUCAGCUGUUUUCCAAUCGGGCAGUCGGCACUAUGCAAGUACGGGCGAUACAUCCUCACAGACCAACUAUACUUAGCUGUUUGUACUAUGAUAGUAGCAACUGUGUGAACAGUAUACUCUGGUUUUUGUAUCGUAGAUCUUCCAGAACACCAUCUACUGUAUGUUUGUGAUUCAUUUUGCCUUUUUUUUUUCUGGAGCUUCCCCCGCCCUGCUCCCUCCGGCUCCAGAGGGAAGUCCAGAUCAGUGUUUUAUCAGGGCACUUUCACCCUAAAUCUGCAAGAUGCGACCCUUGCUGGGCGUAGAUGAAGCUUAACAGGACUACAGACGGAGACCAGUCAACAGAAUGGGAGACCUGAAUGACCCAACUGCACUUUGAACUCAACCCCCACCCCACCGCAAUCCACCUCCUUCUCUGUAUUUCUUUUUGUAUUUUUAUUUGUUAAUCCCUCGUUGCUUUCUUUUAACGUUGCAUGUUCUUGUCUGUCACAUGUAUUUAAAAAAAAGAAGAUGCUUUAAGAAGAAAGAAAAAUAAUGAACCACUCGAGUUUUAUUUCUUCAGUACAACCUUGGAAACUGUAAGAGUGUUUUUUGUGCCAGUACCCUAAAAUAAUCCCGUCUUGUUUGGUUAGUUAUUUUUUUAUUUUUAUGAAUGUUUUGUCCCCGGAGCUUCCUGUGUGUGUUUCGCGAAGAAUCUGUCUUCUUCUAAAGCCUUACUCCCCCUUCCCCGACUGGCGUUCAGGUUUCCAUGGUGGCUGACUGACCUCUCUUCCUUGUCGUAUCAAGGCUCGCCUUCUUUUUUCUGCUGUUGAGGACGAUGAUGUACUGUGUGUAUGUGUGCGUGUGCGUGCGUGCGUGUGUGUGUGUGUGUUAUAUUGUCUCCAGACCUGGAACUAAUACCAUUUAAAAGCCUAUUAAAAACCUUGAUGUGGGAUUGAUUUAUGUUUGCUAGCACAAUAGCUCCCCCGUUCAUCCUGAAACCCAAAAGGCAAUCCAGGCAGGCAGAAGCAAUCACGAAAGUCUUUGAUGGGAUUUUGAAUGCUAUUUGCUCCCAGAUCUGUGUUGUAUAUUGUAUAUGAUACACACUUUUGGACUCAUAUGUAAAUUUGCAUUAAUUGCUGACUAACAGCGAAAGAAUAUUCUAUUUAAUUCCUUCUCUCUUGGCUGUGGGAUCCUAGAUGUUUAACUGCAUGGAUGUACUGUAUCUCUGCAGAGUCAACUAGCAGCUGUGUGAUUUUUACACAAAAAUAAAAACGGCACAAUAUUUUAAA